GCUUUCUUGAGCAAAGAGGCGGUGGAAUAGACCUGCUGAAGGCACCUUGUCAUGGACUCUGCACCUUACUUGUCUACCUGCACCUCUUCUGUCCUUGUGUUGUGCAUCUUCGUCUUCUUUCUCUCUUCAAAAGUCCUCCGGCGAUGGGAGAGCAGUGAACCAACAGAGGCUGCCUGACCUGUUGAGUUCCUCCAGCAUUUCUUGUGUUGCUCCGAGUCUGCCUAUCCUACUGGGAAACUGCCCCAACACUGGUGAUGGAGGGAAUAGCCCGAGGAGUUUGGGAAGCCAAUAAAACUCAAUGCAUCAGAUCACGUGCAAACUCCAGAUUAUUACCACCUCCUGCCGCUCUUAUUUACGGGAUCAGCACAUUCCAAGAUUAUGCCUCAAGAAGGCAGCAUCCAUCAUUACAGACUCUCACCACCCAGGACGUGCCCCCUUCUCAUUGCUACCAUCAGAGAGGCGAUACAGGAGCCUGAAGACACACACUCAGCGAUUCAGGAACAGCUUCUCCCCCUCUGCCAUCAGGGAGGAGGUACAGGAGCCUGAAGACACACACUCAGCGAUUCAGGAACAGCUCCUUCCCCUCUGCCAUCAGGGAGGAGGUACAGGAGCCUGAAGACACACACUCAGCGAUUCAGGAACAGCUCCUUCCCCUCUGCCAUCAGGGAGGAGGUACAGGAGCCUGAAGACACACACUCAGCGAUUCAGGAACAGCUUCUCCCCCUCUGCCAUCAGGGAGGAGGUACAGGAGCCUGAAGACACACACUCAAUGAUUUAGGAACAGCUUUUGCCCCUGUGCCAGCAGAUUUCUGAAUGGACAAUGAACCCAUGAACACUACCUGAUGAAAUGAAAAGGGGGCAAGUCCUGGAUGUUUUCACCAUACGUUAAUGAGGAAGAGUGAACAGUAAAUGGUUAAUCUUACUGCGACCCUGUUUUCAUUGACUACGGUUUAUCUCGGUGUUUAGUUCGGCGUUCCGUUACACCCGAGCGAGAACACUACCGUGAAAAAGCCGCAUUAUCAGGUGUUUCAAUUGCUACAAUGACAUCUCGAUCCAAUAUCAAGUCAUUGCCAUCCAGUGACAGGGUCAGUAGGGCAUCAUCAAGUAAGGCCGCCCACACAAGAGCUAAAGCAGAAUCUGCCAAGGUGCGAGUGCACUACGCCAAAUGAGAAGCAAAAUUGGAAAUGGAAGCAGCUGCCAGAGAAGCCGAAAACCAGUUGGAAAGGGCAAGGAUAGCGGCAGAGUUAGAAGUGCUAAUGCUGGAACGAGAAGAAGAAGCUGCCAGGGUGGAAGCAGAGUUCAUAGAAGAAAUGCACGAUCUGGUUGACGUAAAAUCUACUUCAGAAAAGAUCAGAUUGGAACGCACAAGCGACUAUGUCCAAUCUCAAAUAGACUGGAAAAUUUGUUCUUCCUCUCCAUACUUAUAUGAUAACGCCCCAUGUCAUGAGGAGCCUCAGAGAGGCCCGAUUGCAUCACAUCCAUCCAAGGAAGACAAUUUACCCUUGCAACUCCGCGAUGAAGUCAAGAAUGAAAGGGCUCCUGACAAGUACUUCUCGACACUAAACUUACCAGAUUUGGGGAGAAGAGAGGCAAAGGCUGAAUUCAGAACAGCAAAGUCCAUAACAGAGGUAUGCCCUCGGUCAUAUACCGGCCGACAUAAUUCCCCAGCCCGCAUGCCACUUGCAAUUGAACCCAUGGCACAUUAUUUAGCAUGACGAGAUCUCGUCACUUCAGGACUCUACCAGUUCGACGAUAAACCUGAAAAUAACUGUGCAUGGUACUCCAUAUUCACCAACGCUAUCGACGGAAUCCAGCUCAAAGCAACCCAAGAGUUGGAUCUUAUGGCGAAAUGGCUGGGAAAAGAAUCAUGCAAACAGGUGAGAUGCAUACGUUCAGUGUACAUCAACAAACCCGAGCUAGCCUUAAGCAAAGCAUGGGAGAGACUUCGGGAGGGUUAUGCGGCCCCCGAAAUUAUUGAAGCGGCACUAUACCGACGUCUGGAAAAUUUUCCUAAGUUGUCAGCCAAGGACCACAUUAAGUUAAGGGAGCUUGGAGAUUUACUCAUGGAGAUUCAAGGCGCUAAAGAAGAUGGCUACUCAACUGGUCUAGUAUACCUAGAUACUCCAUCCGGGAUUAGACAAAUCGUGGACAGACUUCCAUUUGGGCUGCAGGACAGGUGGGUGUCUGUUGCCUCAGAGUACAAAGAAGACCACAAUGGUCGAUUUCCUCCCUUUGAGUAUUUCACUAGGUUUGUGUGCAGGGAGGCGAAGAAGCGAAACGACCCUAGCUUCAUGGGUCAAGGAAGCAGUACAAUUUACACCAAGCCAGAUAAAUCCACUUCGAAUAGUUUCAACAUUAAUAAACCUGUCUCAGUGCUUAAGACUGAAGCCUUUACAACUAACCCCGACCCUAGCAAGAAUUGUCCAUUGCAUAACAAACCCCACCCCUCAGAAAAUGCAGAACGUUUAGGGAAAAACCCCUUGAAGAGAGGAUGGCCCUUCUCAAGGAGAAAAGAAUAUGUUUUAAAUGCUGUUCCUCGACCUCUCACUUUGCUGGAGAGUGUACGAUCGCCGUGAAGUGUCCAGAAUGUGAUAGCACUAAUCACGAUGGGGCCAUGCAUCCCAGCCCAUUACCGCAAACCGACAAUGCUCCUUCACCCCCACAACAGGACGGCGGGGAGGGAGAGGCUCACUCCAGGACAACAGUUGUCAGCUCGAGCUGUACAGAAGUUUGCGGUCAAGCUCAGUCAAGCCGUUCUUGUUCAAAGAUCUGCCUCACUAAGGUGUACCCUAAGGGAGCCAAAGACAAGGCCAUCAAAGCCUAUGUAAUUCUGGAUGAUCAGAGCAAUCGCUCACUAGUCAGUCCAGAGUUCUUUAAAUUGUUCAACAUUGAGAGUGAGCAGUUCCCAUACUACCUUAGAACUUGCUCAGGCAACGUGGAAACUUAUGGAAGGAAGGCAGAAGGCUUCCAGCUCGAGUCCCUGGAUGGUAAAGUCGUCAUCUGUCUCCCUCCAUUCUUAGAGUGCAAUGAGAUUUUGAAUAACCGCACUGAGAUCCCGACGCCAAGUGCGGUGCUACACCAGCCACAUCUCCACCACAUCGCCAAACACAUCCCAGAACUGUAUCCAAAAGCAGAAAUACUCUUGCUAUUAGGAAGAGUUGUUCUUCGGGUGCACAAGGUUAGGCAGCAGGUCAAUGGACCACAUGACGCCCCCUUUGCGCAACGCCUGGAUUUGGGCUGGGUGGUGAAAGGAGAGGUGUGCCCUGGCAAUGUACACAAACCAAUGGUUAGCACACUCAAGACCAAUGUGCUAGAGAGUGGCCACCAUUCAAUUUUUCAACCCCGCACAAGUGUCACGUGUAUUAAGGAAGCACGACAAGGCUUUAACAAACGUAAAGUAACUGACGAGACAUUGGGUCAGUCAGUCUUCGCUCAAAGUGAGCAUGAUAAUAAACUUGCUCAAUCAGCUCAAGAUGCCAUUUUCUUAAAAACAAAUAACACCAAGGUCUUCAGAGAUGAAGCAAAUAAUGGGGUCGCCCCUCUGCCUUUCAGAGAACCAUGCCAGUGCUUGCCAAACAACAAAGAGCAGGCAGUCAAGCGGUUCACUCCCUUGCAAAAAACCCUGAAAAGGAAACCUGAGAUGCAGCAACGCACCCGAUUGACCCAUGAGGUACUGUGCACACUAAUGGCAGAGGUCACAGCCAUUAUAAAUGCACGACCACUUCUACCCGUGUCUUCCGACCCAGAAAACCCCUUCAUACUCUCGCCAUCAAUGCUCCUUAUGCAGAAGGCAGGAGCUCUCCCUCCACCAGGGGACUUCUCCGAUAAGGAUCUGUACACAAAGCAAUGGAGACAGGUCCAGGCUCUGGCAAAUUGGUUCAGGUCUCGUUGGAGACAGGAAUAUCUACCUUUGUUGCAACACAGACAAAAGUGGACAGAACCCUGCAGGAAUCUUCAAGUUGGAGAUUUAGUCCUGCUCAGGGACAAACAAAUCGCCCGCAACUGCUGGCCAAUGGCCAAAAUCACUGCUACAUUCCCUAGCAGGGAUGGACAUGUCAGGAAGGUUGAGUUGAAAAUUACCGACCAAGGUGAUGUGAAAAUUUACCAAAGGCCUGUUACAGAAGUCAUUCUACUUCUACCUAAGGACCGAUUAGAGACUGAAGUUUUGUAUUCUGUUCAUUGUGACCUUACGAAGGUCAAGUGGGGAGUGUGUUGCCUUUAUGGCAGUUAUUUAGUUUAUAAUAUUUUUGCUUAGUAAUUCGUUUGUUAGCAUUUUAGUUAAAGUUAGGGUUGUUUAAAGUAAAUUUGUUGUCUGUGAUAUAUCGCGGCAUGUGAUGACGUCACAUCCGGUUUCGCCGUGUCCUGUGGGAAAAUACCGGUUUGGAGAAAUGGGAAGGUGGGGGCCACACAUGUGCGAGUCCAGCGCAAGAAAAGUUGUCUUUCUACACACUAGGAACAUAAUGAGGCAACGCUGUAAGUCAUGAGAUAAUCGAUAUGUUGAAUUAAAAUGUUAACACCGAUCCUGUUAAAAGUAACGACAGUCGAUAAGGUUUAUGUUUUCGUUAGUUAAAGAGUUGCGGAUAGUUUGUGUUGAAGUGUAUUUAAAGCAGUCAAUGGCGUAGGUAGAUUCUGACUGAAUGCUGCACUUUAAUGUAAUGUAGUUGUUGUAGUUUUACUCUUCCAAGUAUUUACGAUGUAAGUGUAAUAUCAAGAAGGAAACAAAUGCUGUACAAAUCUUGUAUUGUCUUAUCAACAGUUUUCACCAUAUGUUAAUGAGGAAGAGUGAACAGUAAAUGGUUAAUCUUACUGCGACCCUGUUUUCAUUGACUACGGUUUAUCUCGGUGUUUAGUUCGGCGUUCCGUUACACCCGAGCGAGAACACUACAAGCCCUAUGAACAAUCUUAAAUUGUAAAAGACAGUGGCGAGCACAAAGAGAAGUUGAGUUAACCGACUUGAGAAUCGAGUCCCAAACCUCAUCAGAUAAAAGGAUAUUUAAGUCAUGCUCCCAAGCCAUUCUGAUUUUAUCCAAAGGAGUGCACCGUAAGGAUACUAAUUUAUCAUGAAUAAAAGAUACUAAACUUUUACACAAUGGAUUAAUAGAAAGAAACAAGUGCAUAGCAUUUUUCUUGGGCAUCUCAGGGAAGUUGGGUAAUAAAGGGCUGAUGAAGUGUCUAAUUUGGAGAUAUCUAAAGAAAUGGGCAUUAGGUAGAUUAAACAGCAGAGAACUGUUGAAAAGAUGCGAAGCAAUUAUCAAUGAAAAGAUCUUCAAAAUACCUAAUGCCCUUUCUAUACCAAUCAUAAAAUGUUGAAUCAUACAUAGAAGGUAGAAAAAGAUGAUUAUGUAAAAUAGGACUAGAAAGAGAAAAACCAUAGAAACCAUAAAAUUUCCUAAACUGGGCCCAUAUUCGCAGAGUAUGUCUAACAAGAGGAUUAACAAUUAGUCUAGGCAAACUACUAGGGAGUGCAGAUCCAAGAAGUGCAGAGAUAGAUAGAUCCUUAGUGGAAUUCAGCCCCAUUGCUACCCAUUUAAGGGCAGUCAGACUGGCUAUGGAAAAAAGACCAGAAGAUAAGACAACGAAUGUUAGCUGCCCAGAAGUAUAGACAAAAACUAGGUAAGGCCAUGCCGCCCUCUUUUUUUAGAUUUUUGAAGGUAAGUCUUGUUAAUUCUGGAAUGCUUACCCUUCCACAGAUAGGACAAAAUAAUCGAGUCUAAGGAAUCAAAAAAGGUUUUAGAAAUAAAAACUGGAAUAGAUUGAAAUAAGUAUAAAAAUUUAGGGAGAACAUACAUUUUAAUAACAUUAACACAACCUACCAAGGACAUAGAUAAAGGUGACCAUUGUGACAAACUCUGUUUUGUAGAGUACAAAAGUGGCAAAAUUUUCCUAAAAAAUAUCCUUAAAAUUCCUUGUAACUAUAAUACCAAGAUAGGUAAAUUGAUUAUCAACUACUUUAAAGGGGAGGUCACGAAAUACUAAUACUUGUGCUUCUUUAUUAAUUGGAAAAAGUUCACUCUAUGUAAAUUAAGUUUCAUUACUUUCAGUAAUUCAUUACUCAAUUCUUAAUUUGGAAAUAAAAUUUCAUAAGGUCUGGGGACCUUUUAUUGAGUAUUUUCAUAACUUGCCUUUUGACUAAGUUUCUUUUUCAGUCCCUUGCUUUCAGCUUUUUUUUGGUAGUAGGCAUUAUUAUCUUCUGUUUUUAAAUGUAUUUACAGUUUUGGCGGUUUGAAUGUUCUGAUUUAUAUUUCUACAUUUUGCUCUGGUUGGUCUGGAGUUUUUUUUUCUUGCAGGGUGGGUUGGAUACUAACUUUACACGACUUCAAUUUGGGUGCUUUUUCAAUUAUUAUAUUCUGUAUUAUAUUACCAUUGUAUGUUUAUCUUGCACUGUAUUAAUUUCCCAUUUUGUUCUUGGGUUUUUUUUUUGUAGUGUUGUAGAAAAUGCAUAAAAAAAUCAAAAGAAAAAAGAAGAAUAUUGUUUAUACUCCUUCACACAGCACCACAGAAUGUGUCAUUUCAUUAGAUGUGGAGAAAGCAUUUGAUAGAGUUGAAUGGCCAUAUUUAUUUACUGUGCUUGAGAAGUUUAACUUUACUCUGACAUUUAUAUCUUGGAUUAAAUUGAUAUAUCAUACUCCAGUAGCCUCGGUUUUUACCAACAAUCAAAGAUCUCCCUUUAUUUCGGGGUACCAGGCAAGGCUGUCCUCUUAGUCCAUUAUUAUUUGAUAUUGCUCUGGAACCUUUGGCAAUUGCUAUUAGAGAAUCACCUAACAUUUUUGGCAUUACUCGUGGGAUGGAUAUACAUAAGUUAUCAUUAUACGCAGAUGAUUUGUUAUUAUACAUUUCUGAUCCUGAGAAAUCCAUUCCUGCAGUUAUAUCAUUAUUGGCUGCUUAGUAAUUUUUCUGGGUAUAAAUUGAAUCUUAAUAAGAGUGAAUUGUUCCCCUUAAAUAGACAGGUUCCAAUUUAUGGAAAUUUACCUUUCAAAUUAGUUAAUGACUUUUAAUAUACUUAGGGAUUAAAAUUACAAAAGAUCAGAAGGAGUUAUUCAAGGUUAAUUUUUUACCCUUAUUUGAUCAGAUUAAAUGUUUGUUUACUAAAUGGUCACCAUUGUGUUUAUCUUUGAUAGGUCAUAUUAAUGCUAUUAAGAUGAUUAUUUUACCCAAGUUCUUAUAUAUAUUUCAAGCAGUACCAAUUUUUAUUCCGAAAUCCUUUUUUGACAAUGCUGAUUCAAAAAUUUCCUCAUAUAUAUGGCAGAAUGAAAAUCCUAGAUUAGGUAAAAAAUAUUUACAGAAGUCAAAGAAGGAAGGUGGAUUGGUAUUCCUUAAUUUUAGAUUUUAUUAUUGGGCAAUUAAUAUUCGAUAUUUGAAUUGUUGGCUAAGGGAUUUGGAUUUAUCUCCUAGCCCUCAUUGGGUAAAUCUGGAAACUAAAUCUGUACAAGGAUUUUCAUUGGGUUCUAUUUUAGGGACUUCUCUUCCCUUUGCUCUUUCUAAAUUGCAUAAACGAAUUGACAAACUGAUAGUUAAACACACUUUACGCAUAUGGUUUCAAUUUCGGAAAUUUUUUGGGUUGUAUCAAUUUGUUUUAGCAAUUCCUAUUGUAUCCAAUUUCUUUUUUCAUCCCUCUAUUAUGGACCAAGUUUAUUCAGCUUGGAAGACUAAAGGUAUAUACUACGAUAUUCUGAUUUAUUUUUGGAUAAUUGUUUUAUGUCUUUUGAACAAUUAUCUAAUAAAUAUAAUUUGCCUAGAUCUCAUUUUUUUUAGAUAUUUACAUAUUAGGAAUUUUUUUAAACACUGUACUUCCUGCCUUUCCAAAUCUUGUUUUUUUGGGUAUUUUGGAGAAAUUGUUCGAACUAAAUCCUUUUCAGAAAGGUGUAAUAUCAAAUGUUUACAAUAUAAUUAUGAAAAUACAUUCAGAGGCCUUUUAUAAGAUUAAAAAUGAUAGGGAAAGAGAAUUUAACUUUACUAUCCCUAUUGAGAAUUGGGAUAAAAUUCUUCAAUUAGUUAAUUUGUCCUCUAUAUGUGCUAAACAUUCAUUGAUACAGUUUAAAGUUGUGCACAGGGCUCCUAUGUCCAAGGAUAAAUUGGUUAGUUUUUAUUCCCAUAUAAAUCCUAUAUGUGACAGAUGUCAUUCUGAGAUAGCUUCUUUAACUCAUAUGUUUUGGUCAUGUCCGCUUUUGAAAAAAUAUUGGAAAGACAUUUUCGAUAUUAUUUCCAUGGUAUUGAACAUUGAUUUACAACCUCAUCCUAUUACUGUAAUCUUUGGUUUACCAAUGAUGGAGUCAAUUCAUUUAUCUUCUUCUGCUUGUCAGAUGAUUGCAUUCCUUACAUUAAUGGCUUGAAGAUCUAUUUUGUUGAAUUGGAAAGAAAUUAAACACCCUACCAUAUUUCAUUGGUUUUCUCAAACUAUGUUAUGUCUAAAUUUGGAAAAACUUUGUCAUAUAUGACCCUUCUAUUAAAUUUGAAAAGACUUGGAGGCCAUUUAUUCAAUAUUUUCACAUGAUGUAAUUUGACCCUGUUCCAAUCCUAUUUGUUUUUCCGGUUUUGAUUAUAUGUAUGUUGAGAGGAUCGGAGUUGGGGACACUGAUAAUUCUUUGUCUUCUUAUAGAUACUAUAAACAGCCCUUUUUUCUAUCCCUUUUUCCUUUUUUUUCUUUAUUAGUUAGUGGUUAGUUUGUUGGAUUAGUUUUUCUUAGGGUAAUAAUUUUUUUCUCUUUUUCUCUUUUCAGUUUUUUUCAACAUGAUAUAUCUAGUUUUUUCUUUUUGUUUCGUUUAUAUGAUAGUUGUAUCAUUCAUGAUUUGGGAAGACUUAACUAUAGUGUACUUAUUGCUUGUGUAUCCUUUGAUGUUCAUUUUAAUUUUGUAAUUUUGUAAUCCCAAUAACUAUGUAUUAAUCUUAUCAUGUUGAU